GCGAGGAGAUCUAGCGGCAGAGCCCGCAUUUCCAAAAGUCUCUAUGCAACUGAGCGCUCUCGUCAGACUUUCCCAGUGGCUUGUCAAGAACUGUCUGUAGAUUCACUCUCUCAGCUGUAGUCACUGUUUGGGAUCAUGGCAGCGGGCGUAGCAGCUUGGUUACCCUUUGCCAGGGCAGCAGCCAUAGGAUGGAUGCCAGUGGCCACAGGUCCCAUGCCAGCUGCUCCACGGCAGGAGAGGAAGCGAAGCCAAGACUCUCUGAUUGUGCUGAAUGUGAGUGGCAUCCAGUUCCAGACAUGGCUGGACACUUUGGAGCGCUACCCUGACACCCUGCUCGGCAGUUCGGAGCGGGACUUCUUUUACCACCCUGAGACACAGCAGUACUUUUUCGAUCGGGACCCUGACAUUUUCCGCCACAUUCUCAACUUCUACCGUACUGGGAAGCUCCAUUACCCUCGCCAGGAGUGCAUCUCUGCUUACGAUGAGGAACUGGCCUUUUUUGGCAUCAUCCCGGAGAUCAUUGGUGACUGCUGUUAUGAGGAGUACAAGGAUCGCCGUCGUGAGAAUGCUGAGCGCCUGCAGGAUGAUGCUGACCAGGAUCACGCAGCUGAGAGCUCCCUGCCCUCGAUGACAGCUAGGCAGAGGAUGUGGCGGGCCUUUGAAAACCCACACACCAGUACGCUGGCUCUAGUCUUCUACUAUGUCACUGGUUUCUUUAUUGCUGUCUCUGUUAUUGCCAAUGUGGUGGAGACAGUGCCCUGUGGGGUGAGCCCGGGUCGCAUCAAGGAGCUGCCCUGUGGAGAGCGCUAUGCUGUGGCUUUCUUCUGUCUGGAUACUGCUUGUGUCAUGAUCUUCACAGUUGAAUAUCUCCUACGCCUGCUGGCAGCUCCAAGUCGCUACAAAUUUGUGCGCAGUGUCAUGAGUAUCAUUGAUGUGGUAGCCAUCAUGCCAUAUUACAUUGGCCUGGUGAUGACAGAUAAUGAGGAUGUCAGUGGGGCUUUUGUGACACUAAGAGUCUUUCGCGUCUUCAGGAUCUUUAAGUUUUCCCGCCACUCGCAGGGGCUGCGCAUCCUGGGCUACACCCUCAAAAGCUGCGCCUCGGAAUUAGGCUUCCUUCUCUUCUCACUUACCAUGGCCAUCAUCAUCUUUGCCACAGUCAUGUACUAUGCAGAGAAAGGUUCAUCAGCCAGCAAGUUCACCAGCAUCCCCGCAGCCUUCUGGUACACCAUUGUCACCAUGACAACACUGGGAUAUGGUGACAUGGUGCCGAAGACAAUAGCUGGCAAGAUUUUUGGUUCAAUAUGCUCCUUGAGUGGAGUGUUAGUGAUUGCUCUGCCAGUUCCUGUGAUUGUCUCCAACUUCAGCCGUAUCUACCACCAGAACCAACGAGCAGACAAGCGCAGGGCACAAAAGAAAGCAAGACUUGCUCGAAUUCGUGCAGCAAAGAGUGGGAGUGCUAAUGCCUACAUGCAGAGCAAACGGAAUGGCUUACUGAGUAACCAGCUGCAGCAGUCCUCCAGUGAAGAAGAACAGGGCUUUGUUAGCAAAUCUGGCUCUUCCUUUGAAACGCAGCACCACCACCUGCUUCACUGCCUGGAAAAAACUACGAAUCACGAGUUUGUGGAUGAACAGCUCUACGAAGAGAGCUGCAUGGAAGUUUCUACAGUCAAUAGACCCCCAAGCCACAGCCCCUCGCUGUCGUCCCAACAAGGCGUCACUGGCACUUGCUGCUCACGAAGACAUAAAAAGACGUACCGCAUCCCCAACACUGCCCUCACGGGCAGCCGCCACGGCAGCGUACAGGAGCUCAGCACCAUCCAGAUCAGAUGUGUAGAGAGGACACCUCUGUCUAACAGCCGAUCCAGCUUAAAUGCCAAAGUGGAAGAGUGCGUUAAACUAAACUGUGAGCAGCCUUACGUCACUACAGCAAUAAUUAGCAUCCCAACACCUCCCGUCACCACACCUGAAGGAGAUGAUAGGCCAGAGUCUCCCGAGUAUUCGGGAGGAAACAUUGUCAGAGUAUCCGCUUUAUAAAAUAAGGAAUUAUUUAUAAAUUAGAAUAAAGACCACUUAUAAGCUGAGCUCGAGCGGAGAGAAAUGAGUCCUGAGGAAUGAGAGAGCUGACAAAGACAAUACCCCCUGAUGUGUGCGCCAGCAGCAACGGAGUGAGACGUUCAGGAGAACCACAACAAUUUGUGGCUGUCGGUGUCGCAGCGUGGGAACCAGUGGAGUUCCUGCAUACUGUUGGAACUGACACAUAGUGGAAGCUUCUGUGACCAUCCUGACUUACUAUAGAGCACAAUGAAAUGUCCCCAUUGAUGCUUCUUCUUAUCAUGAGAGCUCUUUUUAGAAAAAAAAAAAAGGAAAAAAAAAGAAAAAAUAUACAUAAAACAAAAAAAUAGA